UUUGGAUCAUGCCUCUCAAGUUAAAUCCAGUGCACAGCUAGGUUAUAAUUCAAGCAAUUCAACCAAUAACAUGAUUAGUCUGUAGUGAUUUAUUUAGCAAACAAAAUUUUAAAAGGGAAUGGGAUGAUUUUUGACCUCUUUUUAACUUGGCUAAAAAUGUUCUAGAAAUAUGCAUGCAUGUGUGUCGACGCAAAACAACUGGGGAGAUAAGAUUGGGAUAAGAUCAAUGCUAAAAAAUUCCUGCAGAGGAUGAAGAAAGGAAGUGCGACAAAGAAAGUCAAAUGAGAGGCUAGGUGUGCGACGCUAUAUAAGUUCAGAGAAAGUGUUGAACAAAAGCUCCAGGGGAAGCUGAGGCACCUGUGCUCAUUCUGGGACUUAUGACUGCGCAACACAGCUCUAAGACUCCUUGCUUCUUUACUUCAGUAGUGCCACCAGUUUCGACUCCUGACAGCACCUCCACUGAGCUGCAGCCCCUCAUGGCCCUUCCUGAAGUAAAGUCUGAGCAGUCAGACUAUGCACAGCCCGAGACCGGCUCACCACACUCCAUCCAUAAGGUCCGCGCUUGCAUGCUCAAGGGCCUCUCUUAUUUUGCUGGAGAUAUGACACCCUUUGCUAAAUGGAUGGAGAGGCAGUUUAUUUUGCUGCAGCUGAUUGACUGGGUGUUGCGAGGAGCUGCUCAGGUCAUGUUUGUGAACAACCCUCUGAGUGGACUCAUCAUUUUUGCCGGCCUCAUCCUGCAGAACUACUGGUGGGCUCUCAAUGGAUUCGUGGGGACGCUUUUCGCAACACUAUCUGCUCUAAUUCUGCAGCAAAACAGAGGCGCAAUAGCAGCAGGGCUGUAUGGUUACAAUGGUAUCUUGGUGGGCCUCCUCAUGGCCGUGUUCUCAUAUAAAGGGGACUGGUACUGGUGGCUUCUGCUGCCAAACAUCUUCAUGUCUAUGAUGUGCCCUAUAGUAUCCAGUGCUCUAGCCUCCAUAAACAGUCGUUGGGACCUUCCAGUAUUCACUCUUCCCUUUAAUAUUCUGGUUUGUCUGCACAUGGUUGCCACAGGACACUACAACCAUCACUUCCCCCAGGUCCUGAUCCAGCCUCGCUCGGAGCUGCCCAACAUCACCUGGGCCGAGAUAGAUCUGCCAAAGUUGUUUAUGUCAGUGCCUGUGGGAAUUGGGCAGGUCUAUGGCUGUGACAAUCCUUGGACUGGAGGCAUUUUCAUUAUUGCUCUUUUUAUCUCAUCACCCAUCACUUGCAUUCAUGCUGUUCUGGGAUCAGCAGUGGGCAUGGUUUCAGGUCUUGCACUGGCUGCACCAUUUGGCGAUAUUUACUUUGGUCUGUGGGGAUACAACUGUGUCUUAGCUUGCAUUGCUAUAGGAGGCAUGUUUUACGCACUCACCUGGCAGGUUCAUCUACUUGCCAUCACAUGCGCAUUUUUCUGUGCUUACCUUGGUUCAGCUAUAGCCAACAUCAUGUCAAGGUUUGGUCUCCCAGCAUGCACCUGGCCCUUCUGCCUUUCGGCUCUGACAUUUCUCCUCAUCACUAUGGGCACUAACAAGAUCUUCAAGCUCCCUCUGGCCAAAGUCACUUACCCUGAGAAAAACCUGUGCUACUUUAAAAAAUACAAAAGCAACAGAAUAGGGAGAAGGCAGAGAAAGAAGAUAGAGAGAAAGAGGACGAGCAAAAAGCUAUUGAGAAUGAGGUGAUUAGAAAUGAAAAGGAACAGCUGAGGAUUCAGAUUGAACAA